UGUAAUUGCAAAACAGGCUUAAAUAUCAGUAAGAAUCACUUCUUUGGCAGAUUUUGUAUUUCCUGUUGAUGAUGAUAUAGAAAAAUAGGUAUUAUGAGUCAGAGUCUCUUUUACUGUGAUUUUACGAAGGCUGAUGAAUAUUUCUAUGUUGAAGGUUGAUUCAUCUGCUGAAGGCGCACCUGUUGAAGAGAAACUAGUGGAGUCUGUUUUAGCAACAUCGACCAAAGAUGAGACUGGGGCAGCAUGUGCAUUUUUGGAGGCCAAUAGCUGAAAUUAGUCAUGUCAAAGGUUGCUAAAUAUGUGGAAUGGCUUGAGGCCGUCAUCUCAAAAAGUUUUAUCGCUAGUUGCUGAGUUGAAAACACUUCAGAAGAAUAAUGAAACACUUGAGAAGGAUAAAGAACAUCUAAGGAUCAAUCUUCUUUCUGCUGAAGAGGAGGUCAAAUUUCUUUUCGAAGAAAACAAAGUGUUAGAUGAAGCUAACAAAAGAUUACUAAAGCAGUACCGCAAGGAAAGAAACAAUUCUGGUUCUGAUGGAAAGCAUACUGGUGUAUCAACGAAGUCAAACAAGCGAAAAUCUAGCUCUAAGGUGAUGAGCAGCAGCCCGAUUCAGGGGAAGAUCGAUUUCAGUGACCAAGAAUCAGCAAGACAACCUCUCUCACCCUUGCGUUGUAACUCCCCUAACUCAAGACUGUAUAAAAAGCAAUAGGAAACUUCCGAAAUAGUCUGAUG